UUUGACCAAACGAACUACAAAAGCAUGAGCCAACAGAGCCCAUUAGAGGCAUCAGGUUGAACAUUCCCAAAGUGCAGCCAGCAAAGAACGUACGUAACGACACAUCCACCAUGACUGCAAGAACCAACGGAAAGAUGUUCAUUCGGCAGCACGGUGAAGGGCCUUCUGCGAUGCUCGCCAUCGGCACGGCGAACCCGACGAACCUCCUGCUACCCCAAGAUGUUUUCGCCGACAACUUGUUCCGCGUGACCAAGAGCGAGCACCUCACUGAACUCAAAGAAAAGAUGAACAGAAUCUGUCAGAAAACGGGCAUCGGGAAGCGCCACUUCCACCUGACCGAGGAGACACUGGGCGCCCACCCGGAGUUCCUCGACAGGGAGCUGCCAUCCCUCGACGCUCGCAUAGAAAUGGCCGCCACCGCCGUGCCGAAGCUCGCGCAGUCCGCCGCGGCCAAGGCCAUCGCCGAGUGGGGCCGCCCGGCCACCGACAUAACCCACCUUCUCUUCAGCACCUACUCCGCGUGGGAGGCCCCGAGCGCGGACCUCAAGCUGGCCACGCUCCUCGGCCUCCGCCCCACGGUCUGCCGCACCAUCCUCAGCCUCCACGGCUGCUACGGCGGCGGCAGGGCGCUCCACCUCGCCAAGGAGCUGGCCGAGAACAACCGCGGCGCCCGCGUCCUCGUGGCCUGCGCCGAGACGACCCUCGUCUGCUUCGGCGGCCCCGACGGCGCCAACCUCGUGGGCCACGCCUUGUUCGGGGACGGCCCCUUCGGCGAAGGCGAGCGCCCGCUCUUCGAGAUGGUCACCGCCAUGCAGACAACGAUCCCGAGGACCGAGCACGUGCUCGGCAUGCAGGCCACCGCGGGCGGCAUAGACUUCCACCUCGCCAUCCAGGUGCCGAUGCUCAUCGGGCAGAACGUCGAGCGGUGCCUCCUCGACGCGUUCGGCGGAGACGGCGAUGCUCCGGGCUCUUGGAACGAGCUCUUCUGGGCGGUGCACCCGGGUGGGCGUCCCAUCCUGGAUAACAUAGACACGGUGCUCAAACUGGAGCCGGGUAAGUUGGCGGCCAGCCGGCAUGUGCUCCGCGAGUACGGCAACAUGAGUGGCGCCACCAUCGUCUUCGUGCUCGACGAGCUGCGCCGGCGUCGCAAGGAGGAGGAUGAUGGUGGCCACCAGCUGCCGGAGUGGGGCGCCAUGCUGGCCUUCGGGCCCGGAAUCACCAUUGAGACCAUGGUGCUUCGCUCUCCACGCUGAUCGAUGUCGUCGGUCGAACUCAGGGAGAAAUUUAUGCUACUACUACAAAAGUACAUAUACUACCAUAUACGUACGUACUUAUACUUUGUGUGUGCGUGUGUAAAAAUGCAUGGGUCAAGUCAAAGAACACAAACCACGUCCCAUAUAUAGCACAGUGAAAAUAUAUGAGUCGAGUGAUUAAGUUACCUGGGUGCAAUAAAAUGAAGACCUCCAAAAGGAGAUGUAUCUAUAUAGGUUGUAUGGCUAAGGAGAUGUCAAUAUUAAGACCUCCAAAAGGAGAUGUAUCUAUAUAUAGGUUGUAUUGAAUAAAUAUUGACCUCCAGAUAUGUGCCUGUGCGUUGUCAGUAAUGUAAAAGGAGA